AUGUGGAGACGUUCCCUACAGGAUGUGAAAGUCAGAAGAGGAGCAGAUGUCGGCAGCGAUCAUCAUUUAGUGACGGCAAGAAUAAAACUCAAGCUGAAGAAAACAUUCAGCAGGGAGGCGACAAAGACACGACUUAAUGUUCACAAGCUCAGUGAUGGCAAUGUGAGAUCUGCCUUCCGACUAGAACUAAAGAAUCGAUUUCAAACUCUCCAAGACCAGGAAGAAACCACCCCUAAUACAGAUGAAGUCAAUACCCAAUGGAAGCAUCAUAUUGUUGAGGCCUACACAGAGAGCAGUAAGACAUGUCUUGGUGUCAAGAAAAAGAAUGCAAGCAAAGAAUGGAUACAGCAAGGAACUUGGAAUACUAUUGAAGACCGGAGAGAAAUCAAGAAAAGACAGCUUGCAGCUAAGUCGAUACGGCUACAAGAGAAGUACGCAGAGGAUUACAAGGAAGCUUGCCAGAAAGUUAAAAGACUGGUCAGGAAGGACAAAAGAGAAGCCAUGGAAAAGUUGGCAACUGAGGCAGAGGAGGCAGCUGCUAAAGGUGAACAAGGCAACGUAUACAAGAUCACAAGAAUAAUAUGUGGCAAGUUCCACGGUGGAAUGAGUGGACCAAUCAAAGACAAGGCUGACAAGCUGUUGACAAUCGAGAAGGAACAAGAAGCACGCUGGACAGAACACUUCAGGGAAGUCCUAAACAAACCACAAUCUGAGGACACCCCAGACAUACAGGAAGCUACCUUGGAUCUGGAUAUCAGCUCUGACCCACCACAGAAACACGAGAUUAUAAAAGCUGUUAAGAGCCUGAAAUCAAGAAAAUCUCCAGGAAUGGACAACCGGAAUGCUGAAUUGUUUAAAGUAGACCCUGAACUGACUGCCACCAUUCUUCAGCCACUAUUCAAAACCAUAUGGGAGGGAGAGCAGAUUCCCGGGGACAGGUGCACUGGAGUCAUUUUUAAAGUACCAAAGAAAGGAGCUCUUAGAGACUGCAACAACUGGAGAGGUAUCACGUUGCUGUCAGUUCCCAGCAAGACCCUGGCUAAGAUUAUUAUUAACCACAUGUCGGAUGCCGUGGACAGCUGCUUAAGAAAAGAACAGAAUGCAAGCAAAGAAUGGAUACAGCAAGGAACUUGGAAUACUAUUGAAGAACGGAGAGAAAUCAAGAAAAGACAGCUUGCAGCUAAGUCGAUACGGUUACAGGAGAAAUACGCAGAGGAUUAUAAGGAAGCUUGCCAGAAAGUUAAAAGACUGGUCAGGAAGGACAAAAGAGAAGCCACGGAAAAGUUGGCAACUGAGGCAGAGGAGGCAGCUGCUAAAGGUGAACAAGGCAACGUAUACAAGAUCACAAGAAUAAUAUGUGGCAAGCACCACAGCGGAAUGAGUGGCAAGCUGCUGAUAAUCGAGAAGGAACAAGAAGCACGCUGGACAGAACACUUCAGGGCAGUCCUAAACCAACCUCCACCUGAGGACACCCCUGACAUACAGGAAGCUACCUUGGAUCUAGAUAUCAGCUCUGACCCACCACAGAAACACGAGAUUGUAAAUUAA